CAGUCAGCUCCACAUCCAGAAGCUCCUGCGGCCAGACGCACGCAUCACUCCACACUCGAGGUGCCAAACUCCGGCUCUGAUACAAUUCCGGGUCGGUAAAGUGGAGAAGCUUGACAACUUGCAAAGGGACACUCUGGUGAUUUAGACAGCCCCCCUUCAUCCUCUUCCUCUUACUUCUGGGGAUUCUUACUUGCUCUUUUUUUUGCUGCCUGCUCCUUGCUGUUGUGUGGCUGCCUGUGACUUUGACAGAGAUUUACUACACUACUGCGCUCCUUGGACAUGUCUUUCCCUCAGCUGGGAUACCCCCAGUUUCUCAGUGCUUCCCACGAAGUGUACGGGGGUGAGCGGCCGGCCUCUGCCCGGGAAGGAGGCACUGAGGGCGGGGUGAGUUCGUCCACCACAGCCGCGGCUGUCGGCUCCAUGCUGGGGAUGUACGGGAGCCCAUGGGCGCCUCAUAACUACAGUGCCUUUCUGCCGUACAGCGGAGCCACAGACCUCGCUCUCAUUUCCCAGAUGGUGAGAGCUGAUACUUGUUCACUGAAGACCGAAGCAGCUCAGAUAUUAAUGAUAGAUUAUCACCGCCUGUUUCUAUUGCACAGUCAUAUUGAUUAUUACUUUAAACUGCAAAUAUUUACCUGAUACCUUUAUCUUUACAGGCGUUGAAACAAUAAAUAUACAAAGUUUGAAGAGCUUAUUGUCAAUUAAAAUAUGAGAUUGUGUGUGAAUGCUUAUAAUUCACAUUGUGGAUAGAGAAAAAUAUCUGUCAUGUAACAAGGAAUUUAUUGAUUAUUUGGGGUAUUGUGAAUAUUAUGAGUUGAAAAAAAAAACACACUUUACUCAAAAAUUCAUAUCAAGAGUGACUCUAAAUUGAAAGUGUGAAAAAAUAAAAGACAAUAUUUAGAAAGACAAAGGAAGCUCUCGGCUUUCACGUGAUCAUUUAUAAAUUAUACAAUAAAUUAUUACACUGUUAUGAAAUAUGAUCUUAGCCUACUGAAAUUAUGUUGUUUUUACUUGUUAAAAAACGCAACAGAAUGAUUUCAAUAUACUGUUUUUGAAAAGACAAAACUUAAAAUAUCAAAAUUAUAGUUUGGGACUAUUAUCUUAAUGAGGGAUGUGUCUAAUUCCUGCUUUCCCUAUAUAGCUUAUUCAAUUUUACAUUGAUAAGAUAUUACAACUAAAAAAAAAUAGUUCAUUUAAAAUGUCAGAAUUUAUUUUCAAGACAACUCGCUCAACAAGUUGUCACCUCCCUCCCUUCAAUAACUUUCCAGGGCUCCCAGUACGAGCUGAAGGACAGCUCAGGCUCCCACCCGGCCACUCUACCUGUCCACGCCGCACAAGGCUUCUAUCCAUACGGCCAGUACCCGUACGGGGACCCGUCGAGAGCCAAGACGGCAACAAGGGAGACCACCAGCACUCUGAAGGCCUGGCUGCAGGAGCACCAGAAGAACCCCUACCCCACUAAAGGAGAGAAGAUCAUGCUGGCGAUUAUCACCCGGAUGACACUCACACAGGUGCUUGUGCUGGGCAAUACUUCCUCUCAGAGUGAUUGUUCGUGGAAAUGAUUUUUGCCUCAUCUGAAAUAAUGAUCGAGUCAGGUGGCUUGUGCUGUAAAAUUAAGAAAACUGAAAGCCAAACCAAAAUAUAUGAUGAGAUGAAAAGCGGGAACCGGGUGUAGAAAAUGAAGCAUGAGUUUUAAUUUACAAAUUCGCAAUUUGAUGUUGCUUUCGUGCAUUUUUUGUGUGUGAAAUGAACAAAAUUGUAGUCUAAUUUUUAAUGCAAAAUUAUGCCUCUCCUCUACAGGUGUCUACGUGGUUUGCGAACGCCCGCAGACGCCUCAAAAAGGAGAACAAGGUUACUUGGGGGCGCAGCGCCGAGGACCGAGACGGCCGGAUCUUUAGCAGCGACAAUGAAGACGAGGGUGGCAAAAACGGGAGCGACGACGAAGAGGAAGAUGAGGAAAUAGAUUUAGAAACUGUCGAUAUAGAAAGAACGGAAGAGCAGCGAGUAGGGGAUGAGGACUCCGAGAAGGGAGAGGGGGAGGCGGGCCUGGCAGGCAGGGAACAGGCCGCUGUGCUGAAGAGCUCGGACAGCUCCAGGACGCUUUCUGUGGAGGGCCUGGGAGGAGUGGAGGCGGCUAUUUCUCUAAACAGAUCGCCUGUUGUCAAACUCGCUGUGGAUCAUUCUUCCAAUAGACAGGAGUGUCACAGACCACCUCAGAGCAAACCCAAAAUCUGGUCCCUGGCUGAGACCGCCACGGCACCCGACAGCUCCCACAAACCUUCCCCCCAGGCCCAUGCGCACCAUCCGGCUUUGGCCUCCGCUGGUCACCCGGCCUUACUCCCGGGUCAUGGGAUAUAUACAUGCCAGAUCGGCAAGCUGCACAACUGGGCCAACGCAGCCUUUCUCAGUGCCAACUCUCUUUUGAACAUGAGGUCCCUCCUCGGUGGGGCGCCGGCCGGACACCUACCUCUGCAUGGCACGGUACCGGUGGCGCGUCAUGACGCACGACCAGCGGCUACGGGCCCCGGAACAUCGGGUACAGAAGACGACAGUGAUGUAGAGUCUUCGGGGAGCUUUAGUCCAAAAAUAGAUGGUAAGGAUGCGUUUACUCUAAUAACUCUCAAUCAUCUAUUUGUCAACACAAUUUAUCAGGACACUGUCCUCCACAAAUAAUGUCCCGCCUGACACUCCAAGUUCAAUCACUGCCAGUUUGAACAGAAAAAAAGGUCACAUAUAUAUAUAAAUAUUUACUUUAUGUCAUUUUGCUUUUUACAGAAGAAGAGAGCGACCACAGGUCCGAUUCCUUGAAGUCCCAAUUCCAACUGAUUACUGACAGGUAACCACAAACGUGUGAAAUCAAUUUGGCAUCAUGACAUUAUCAAAUCCCUCCUACGUAUCUUCAGCUAAAUGAACCUUUACGCAGAGAUAAACACUGUUACACCUGACUGAGCGGGAUACAGAACUCAUAAAUCAUGUGAUUGAGUCUCCACUUUUACGCCUCGUCAGGCAGCAGGCUAAUAUAUCCUGCGGGCCCCCCAUCAUCACCGCUGAGUUAUCGCCACCUCUGUCAUUUAAAUAAUCUGCCGCCAUUUAAUCACGCCCUCUCAGUGAAUGUGGCUAAUGCAUGUCAAAGGAACCCUGAUGGCAACAUCAGGGAACUGGAGGGUAAAAAAGACAUGAAACAAUUUAUCUAGUGUGUCUUCAGUUUGAAUACAUGGAGCUCAAAAUUGUUUCCUUUUUUAAAAUUCAUUUGAAAACACAACUAAACAACAAAAACUGGUUUAUUUUAACUGAUUGUAGAAGCACAUCAUGUAUCCUAUAUUCACUCUUCAACUUUUGCUUUCUUUUUUCGUGUUCAUUCACUUUAGACCUCAUCAUGGGACAGCACCACAGCGAGUUCUGACAACGACAUCCUGAGAAGACAAAGCGGAAUAGAAAAAAAGAAAGAAGUAAUUUUAUUUAACAAAGAACAUUUUAAUGAAGGUUAUUUUCUGACAGCCAAACCUGUUAUAGUAUUACUGUUUAGCUCUACAAACUACAGAGAUUGUUGUUUUGUCACAGAUUUGCUUGUAUCUUUUUUGUCCUAUGUUUUUGUUUUGUUUUUUUCUUUAUAUCUUCUGUUAUAAAUGGAUACCUUGAAAAUUGUAAAUACAGGAUAUGAAUUUGUCUUAAAGAAUAUAUUUUUUGGGGAACUAAAUAAAUGUCCUUAUAGUCAUUUAUUACUGGA